AUGCAGCAUCAGCGCGCCUCACCACCACAUUAUUACGCCGAGCCCCGCAGCGAUCAUUGGCGGUCCAGUCAUCGCAACAACUAUUAUGCCGAGACCAACAUGAGAUACAGGAGCAGCAAUGGAUACAACGGACAGUCGGAUCAAGCAGGAUAUGUCAUGCAUGGUUCCUACAGCGAGCACUAUGACCCCGGCGCAAUGGAUCACGAUAGACUGGAUCGUAAUGGCAAUUUCCAUUAUGAGAUCAAUAACCACGGCAACGGCAUGGUCCAAGACAAGCACCGCAAUAACUCUGUCUCGUCUAAUGCCAGCUCCAACUCGUCCUGCUCUACAGCCAACAAGCAUCCUUGCAUGUUCCCAACCUGCGGCUGGAGUUUCAAGAGAUAUGAGCAUCUGAAAAGACACAUGCUGGUUCAUACGAAGGAGCGUCCGUUCGUUUGUGAAUUUCAGGGUUGCGAUAAGUCAUUCAGUCGGUCUGAUAACUUUUCUGCGCAUCUCAGAACACAUACCAAGAAGACCAUGCAUAUGCCUAGGCUCGAUCGAAACAUGAUAAUGGAGUUAAAUGACUAUAUACCCCUGGAAGCAGGAUCGGAGCAUGGGACAGGACCAUCAACGGGAGGGAUGGUUGGAUACCAUGGCGGAUAUUCUGACUACGAAAAUAUGUAUAACUCAUCUUCCUUGUCGCGUUCGGUUGGCAUCGCCCACGAUGGAGAUGCAUCAAUCUAUGUAAAUCAUGGAGCUGACAGAACACCGCCUCGGGAUCCACACCAGGUGGCCGACGGUGACAACGGCGCCGGACUUGAGAAGGCCAAGACUUCACCAAAGCUGUCAUCGCAGGGAUUCCUACCAGGUCGCGAGCAGCGCAGUCCAUUGAGGAUGCACCCUCUGGACGACCCAUUGGCUUCCCCAAAGGAAAAGAUAGCAGAGUCCCUGGUCUCAGCAUCAGAAUCCUACUCUACCACAGCGCCAUUGAGGAGUAACCUUGGCUCCGUACUCCCAAGGCUCAAUCCGAUCAAGUUGGACCUAAAAGUUGUCUCUAGCGACUCAGAUGACGUUCCCUUGUACAAUCAACGCCGCCGGAAUUUCGAACGGGACUAUGAGCACAAUUACGACCAUAACGGCGACCACGAGAGCCGUCGCCAUCUAACAUGGGACUCACACAGCCUUUACACUCCAGGUCUCCGGUCCCCGAGCCCGACUUCCUCGCCACCAAGUCCCCGCCAUCACCAUCAUGGUCAUUAUAAGGUCGUGCUAGGCAGCAGCCACGAUGAGCCGAACCUUAACCCCAAUGGCGAGUCACCCACUCAGCCUACGCGCGCCCCUUCACCGAACGUCGAGACUUCCUCGAUGGGGUUCGUUGCUUCUCAUUUUGUCCCUCUUAGGGAUCGAUCUGAGCACCACGGACGUGACUCAAUGUACGGCCGCGCGGACGAGAUGCUGCGAGCAAAGAAGCUGAAGGUCGAGGCUGAUCCAUAUAGGCCAUCGUACCAUGCUCCAUAUGGUGCUCUGCCACAUAUGAGCGGAUCGGUAUCUCCACCAUUGGUCCCUUCUCGAGGUCGUUCGGAUGGGUACUUGAGUGCAAUGAAUAUGGACGAGGAUGGAAACCCAUUCCCGGGCACUCGCCAUCGAGCACCGUCAUCAUCAGCAUCGCCAUUCGAUUUCUGGAUAUAG